GCCCCACACCCUUCUUCUAAUUCCCUCAAUCCCCGCAUAAUUCAUCGCCCGUAAAUCCCAUAUAUAAGUUCAACCAUAGCAAACCAUAGAUUUUCGUACCUUUUUCUUCCUCUCUGCAUUGCAUCAGGAUCACUUCCAUGGCUAUGGCCGCUUCAAUUACGUUCAAGCAUCUCCCCUUCAUCUUCCUCCUUCUCUCCUCUGUUCAAAUCGAAGCCAGAGUCAACAAAUUCUUCAGCAAAUUUAUCCACGCUGAUCGCGAUGUUGUUCUUCCCGUAGCCUUUUCCCCAGCGCCGGUCUCUGUUCCGCCUGAGAUAUCUCCAUCUCUGGCGCCAACGCCAGCUCCCGCGCCGUUUUUCGACGAAUCGCAGAAUGCUUACGGUCUGUACGGCAGUGAUGCAGACGACAGCGAAAGUAGCCGGACGAUCACAGACGUGGAAGAGGAGAUUCUCGCGGAGGACGGUGAGGACAAGAAGACCCACAAAUCUGGCUAUCAGACGAAUUUACACACUGACAAUUUCGAAAGCCCUAAAAGAUACGAGAGCAGGAACGACGGGAACAGUGGAUAUAGAAAUUCCGAGUACGAGAGCAACAAUGAUCACAGAAAUUCCGAGUACGAGAACAACAAUGAACACAGAAAUUCCGAGUACGAGAACAACAACGAAUACAGAAAUUCCGAGUACGAGAACGACAACGAGCACAGAACUUCCGAGGACGAGAACAACAACGAACACAGAAAUUCCGAGUACGAGAACAACAAUGAACACAAAAAUUCUGAGUACGAGAACAACAACGAACACAGAAAUUCCGAGUACGAGAACAACAAUGAAUACAGAAAUUCCGAGCACGAGAACAAUAAUGAAUACAGAAAUACCGAAUACAAGAGCGAUUUCGAGAACAGCGGCGUCAGAAAUUACCAGUACCAGAGCAAUGUCGAGGGCGAUGGCUACAGAAAGAGGCGAUACGAACCGACGGAGCAGCAAGGGAUGAGCGACACCAGAUUCAUGGAGAACGGAAGGUACUAUCACGAAAUUAACUCAGGAAUCGGAGAAGAAAACAAAUCGUACGGAAGCAAGAAGUAUCCGAACGAGUUCGAUUCCAUGGAGGAGUACGAGAAGAGUGAGGGAUUUCUUCCUUGAUGCAUAGGGAGAAUUUUAGGGUUUAACUUAAACUUGAACCCCUGAAUUUAUGGAGGUUUUUUUUUAAAAAAUUAUUGUUUGUGUGUGAUUUUAGUGUUCAUCUUUUGAGUUGUGAUUGUUUUCGCACAACUUGAAUCAAUGUUCUUGGUGUUUGAAUGUUGUUUAACAUAUGAAAACAGGUAUAGCAAUACUUGGAUGCCUAGCUGGGCUCCAACCAGCUUGGAUGAUAUUGGAAAAUUUUUGUGGAAAAAAGUGUGUUAUUUUGGA